UUGCUUUAAACGGUGCUGCUGAAAAACCCCUCACUUUCCCUCCGAAACACACAGCGCACAGAACAAUGGGAGGAGAAGAAAAACGGCACCAGAUGAUGCAGAAUCUCUUCGGAGAUGAAUCCGACGAGGAAGAUGAACUCGAAUCCAAUCCUCAACUCCAUUCCGAUGAAGGAGAGGGAGAGGUAGGCCAAAACGGAGAAGGAGAAGAGGAAGGAGAAGGAGAGGUGGAAAUAGAGAGUGAAGGAGAGAGGGAGCAGAUUUCUCAUGAGAUUGAAGAGGAGGUUGGUGAUCAGAGAGAACAAGAGAGAGGAGCUAGGGAUUCGGAUAGUGAUGCUAAAGAUGAUUAUAGUCAGCGCGUUGUUACUAGCCGGCGUAGGGAUGUUGUUGAAAGUGGAUCUGAGGAGAAUCAUUUCAAUGAAAAUGAUGGCGAAGAAGUUGAUGCAGCUAGAAGCCUAAGCGGGUCACCUAGAGAUGAGAAUGAUCAAACUCGUGAUUUGCAUUCUGCCCCGGAAAUCCGUGAUGUAUUUGGUGAUUUUGACGAUGAAGAGGAGGACAUGGGGUAUGCAGCUCAGCAGGACAUUGGACAAGAUUCAAAUAGAUAUCCAGCGGAUGCAGAAGGGAGUUAUGGAAAGAGCCUGAGACCAGAGGAUAUACUUGCUGAUGAAGGUCAUCAAUAUGAAUUAGAGGAGGAAAACAUUGAAAUGAAAACUAAAGAUAAGCCACUUGGGCCCCCCUUGGAGUUAGAGAUUCCAUUACGUGAACCACCAGCUCUUCCUAAUAAGAUGAACUUGAUUAAAGUUUCCAAUAUCAUGGGUAUUGAUCCAAAACCUUUUGAUCCUAAAACAUAUGAGGAAGAGGAUACCUUUGUAACUGAUGAACUUGGAAACAAGAAGCGCAUACGCUUGGAGAACAAUAUUGUACGUUGGAGAGAAGUCAAAAAUCCUGAUGGCACAACUUCUGUUGAAAGCAACGCUCGAUUUGUAAGGUGGUCUGAUGGUAGUCUUCAGUUGUUAAUUGGGAAUGAAGUUCUUGACAUAUCAGAGCAGGAUGCCCAGCAUGAUCAAUCACAUCUUUUCCUUAGACAUGGAAAGGGAAUCCUGCAAUCACAAGGAAGGCUAUUACAGAAAAUGAGAUUUAUGCCAUCUUCCUUGUCCUCAAAUUCUCAUCGGUUGUUGACUGCUAUUGUUGACUCAAGGCAGAGGAAGGUUUAUAAGGUUAAAAACUGUGUUACAGACAUUGAUCCUGAGAAGGAAAAGGAGGAAAAGGAAAAGGCUGAAAGUCAAACUAUUAGGGCUAGCGAACUGCUUAGCCGUAAGCGUGACAAGGUGAAUAAAAAAUAUACUCCAACUGACAGGAGGCCUCAACUUUCUCCUGGGUUUUUAGAGGAUGCAUUGGACGAGGAUGAUGAAGCAGAUUACUACGAUCCUCGUCAUAAACAGCGUCACUUUGAGGACGAAUUGGAAGCUGAAGUCCGGGCAGAGAAAAGGAUUAUGAAUGCUAAGAAGUCACAGGGACCAAAGAACAUCCCCCGUAAGUCAUCUAUUCCACCAGCAAAAUCCUCACGGAACCCAUUGGGUUACCCAUAUGAGAGAGAGGAAUCUGAAUAUGAAACUGAUGAAGACGAAGAAGAAGAAAUACCUCAUUCACGUACGAGGGAUGAUGAUACUGAGCCGGAGUAUGAGGACUCUGAAGAAGAUGAUGAAGAGACUGCUCAAGCCGAUUCUGCUGCUUCAGAAGAGGAAGAAGAGGAGGAACCGAAGCAUAAGAGUCGGGAUUUAAAAGGUAAGGUCAAAAGGAAGGGGUUUGAAUCUGAAGAACACUCUCUUCCUAGAAAACCAACCAAUCGGCGAAUGACCAUUGUGUCUGACAGUGACGACGAAUGAAAUUCUGUUCUUGCAAUUGGAAUUUGGAAGGAGCAAUGCUUUUUGCUGCAGCACAAGCUGAGAUGACGACUCGUUUUGCUUUUUCCCUCCUCUAUAUUCAUGCUUAUACAAACUUAAAUUUUAAAGUUAUAGACACAUCAAGAAGAACCACAGGCACACAUCAAUUGGUAAUUUGUCUCAGGUCUUGUUGUAUGUUUACAUUUCCCAAAACAAUGGUCGAAUCUUCUCCAUAAAGUUGCUAAGCUAUAUGGAAAGUGAUAGGGUGAUCAAAUCCAAAUAAAAACUGCAAUUGAUAAAAAAAAAACUGAAUAUUUUUUGAUGUGUUUCGAUACUCUUUUAUGAAAACUGUUUAGAUCGGAUUGGGUUUCUGUUGUAUGUUUGGAUCCAGAAAUGUAGUAAAUUGGGGCCAAAUUAUUUGACUAUAUUUGUAUGUAUUUACAUAAAUGAGAUGUGUUAAAAUACGAGAGACUAAGAGACAUUUGAAUAAACCGUGUGUUUUGAAAAACACUACGGAGACUUUAUUAUAUAUAGAGAUUAUAGCUAAUUACAUGAUAUAGUCGAUGUAAGACUAUCCUAUAUACAAAUAUUAUUAACACUAUAUAUUUACAAAUAUCAACACUCCCCAUAAGCUUGAGCUUAUAAGUUUAAAGCACCAAGCUUGUCACAUAUAUAAUUAGUUCUGAGACUUCGCAGGGAUUUUGUAAACACAUCUGCCAAUUGAUCAUUAGAGUUGACAAAGCUUGUGACGAUGUCGUCUGAUUCAAUUUUCUCUCUGACAGUGACAAUCUAUCUUAAUAUGUUUGGUCCUCUAAUGGAAGACUGAAUUUGAAGCAAUGUGCAAUGCAACUUGAUUAUUACAAACAAGUGUUAUUGGGCUUGCUUCUUCAAUUUGAAGUUCUUUAAGCAACUGUUUUGACCAAAUGAGUUUACAUGUUGCCAUUGCUAUGGCCCUAUACUCUGCCUCGACGCUUGAUCUUGCAAUUACGUUUUGUUUCUUACUUUUCUAGGAUAUAAGGUUUCCUCCAACAAGUACACACUACUCAGAGGUGGAUCGUCUAUCAAUAGGUGACCCUGCCCAAUCAGCAUCGGAGUAUCCAACUAUCGGAGUAUGUCCUUUAUCUUCAUACACUAGACCCUGGAGCACAUUUAAUGUAUCUCAGAAUCUGGAUAACAACAUCCACGUGUUCCUGACAAGGGGAAUUUAAGAUCUGGCUUACCACUCUGACUGUUAAAGAAAUUUCCGGACGAGUGACUGUGAGAUAAUUCAACUUUCCAACCAAUCUCCUAUACCUUAGUCAAAUAGAGACUCUCCCUGAUUGGAUAGUAGUUUGACACUUGGUUCCAUAGGAGUAUCAAGUGGUUUAACAAUCAACAAACUUGUUUCUUUCAAAAUAUCCAUAGCAUAUUUCCGCUGAGAAAUCACGAAACCACCUUUAGAUUGGGCUACCUAAAUACCCAAGAAAUAGCGGAGUUUAUCAAAAUCUUUUGUCAGAAAUUGAUUCGACAAAUGUUGUUUCAAUUAGGGUUGCCUCCACUUAUCAAUCAUUGCUUGCCUAAACGAAACCACCUUUGAAGAACACGCAUUUUAUCAAUCAUUUCUUGCCUCCACUUAGGGUGAGAUAAUGCUUCAUCUAGAGUUUUAGGAAAAGAAACAGAAGACAAAGAAGUAUACUGCAAACGGGAAAGACGAUGAUAACAUAAAUCAAUAUAAUAUGGAGAAAGAUUUCGUGUUUGACGCAUAUCUUUUCGAAGGGCAAUUGGAAGAUUGGACUCAGGUUGUAGGAUCGGGUCCGGUGAUGGCGAGAGCGUCAGUGGAGAGUCUGCAAUGGCCUCAGGGACAUGUACGAUCUCAAGGACAUUUACGGCCUCAGGGACAGGUACGACAGGUGUUGGUUGACGACGCUGAUAUGUUUGAAGUAGGCGAGAAGUGUGGGGGGUCAAUCGUACGGGUAUCUAGCGGGCCAGGUUCCAUAGUAUGAUGGGGAACAAUGGCAGAUGGGACUUCUAGAAGAGGUGUGGGAGUACUUUCCUGAAGGGGUUCUGAAGUUACUUGGCUGGACUUGAAAUAUAGAACCAACUCGAAGAAGGUAACAUCGGCCGAUACGAGGUAUUGUUGUAAAGUAUAUGAAUAGCAACGAUAACCUUUUUGGUAUCGAUGAUACUCAAGAAAGACACACUUUAUUGAUCGAGCUGAUAGUUUAUCAAGAUCAGGAGAUAAAUUGUGUACAAAACAUAUGUAUCCGAAGACUCGGGGAGGAAUUGGGUGAAGUGGGGAAUUGGAAAAAAGGAUUGAAUGAGGGAUUUUAUUGUUAAGGACAGAAGAGGGCAUGCGAUAUAUAAGGCAACAUGCCUUUAGCACAUCAUCCCCCCAAAACCGAAGUGGAACAUUACCAUGGAGAAGUAGGGUCCGAGUGGUUUCUAUGAGAUGCCGAUUUUUGCGUUCGGCUACCAUGUUUUGUUGAGGUGUAUAAGGGCAAGAUGUUUGGUGGAGAAUACCAUUGUUGGACAUAAAAGUUUGAAAUUGUUGGAAUAAGUAUUCACGAGCAUUGUCACUUCUUAAGGUACGAAUAGACACACCAAAUUGAGUUUUUAUUUUUUUAUAAAAUUAUUCAAAAAUAAAAAAUAAAUGAGAUCUAUUUUUCAUUAUAAAUAACCACGUGCAACGUGAAAAAUCAUCAAUAAAAGUGACAAAAUACCUAGACUCAAAAUAGUAUAGACAGUACGUGAGGAACCCUAAACAUCGGAGUGAACUAAGUGGGUCCGUUUGGUUCAAUGGAGGGGAG